AUGAUUUAAGGAUUACCAUGCUAUUGGAAUUCAGAAGUAGAUCAAUGUGAAUACAAAGAAAAAAAAUUAUAUGACGAAUGUUAGGAUAUUGAAGUUGCAUCUGGCAAUAUGAGAGCCUGUUUAGAUGUGGAAAGACCAGGACAAUUAUGUUAAUUUGUAGAUAAUCAAUGUAAAACAUUUAAUGAAGUACCAAGUUAAAAUAAUUGUUUAAACAACAUUAAUAAGGUUUCAUGCACCUAAUAAAUAAAAAAUGAAUGUUUCUGGGAUUUAUAAACUAUUAAAAUUAAAAAAACAUCAUUAGCCAAAUAAGAAACCGAAAUAACUAUUGGUGAAUGUAAAGUGUUCAAAGAGUUCGAUACUUGGAAUUGCUCAGAUCAACUUAGUUAUUUGUCUUGUCUUAAGAUUACUACGAAAGGUGUGUAAUGCUAUUGGAAUGAUGAGUAAUGCUAAGCAAUUCCAAUAAUAAAAGGGGAAAUAAUCACUCCUAAUACUUAUGUUUUGAUUAAUAGUAAUGCUUGUUCAUUAGUUAACAAUGGAGAUAUGGUCAGAUAUAAUUCAGAUACUUUAACAUGCAUUAAAGAUACCGAUUUUAAUAAUUUAACCUGUUUCCCAAUGACUCCUGGUCUCAAUAAAUAGGCUUGUGUUAAGAAUACCUUAUAGAAAUGCAGUUGGGAUGAAAAAAAUCGCACUUGUGUAUUUGAAGCCAAAAGACUUCUGGUCGAGGAGUAACUAUAAUCUCAUCGACUAUUAUAAUCAACAACCUGCAAAAGAGAUGGACUGGGACCACAACUGUGUUCUCAACUCUCUCUACAACUACCAUGUGGUUCAGGUGAAGUUGGUUGUGAUCUUAUUGAUAUCAAUACAGCCGUCUGUUCAGAUAAGGGACUUAACAAAUUUGCAUGUUUAAAUUUAAAGACUGGACCAUGUGCUUGGAUGGAGGAUUCAGAUGGUAAUUUUGUUUGCCAAGAGUACAUACCAUUUACUUCUUGUGAAUAAGUGCUUAUUGAUGUGAAUUCUUCCGUUUGUUCGUAUGUAUUAGAUGAUGCAUGUGUGUUUAACUAAACUCUUAAUAGAUGUCAAAUUCCUACUCAAACUUAUACGAAAUGUGAUGUUGAUGGAAUUAAUGCUGUCGCUUGUUCUUCGAUAAAUGGUUGCAUAUUUAAGAAUCAGAAGUGCCAGGCUUAAGAUCCAAACGUAAAUGUACUUUGCAAUUAGGCUGAAUUAGCUAAUUAUUAAGUAUGCACACUUGCUAUAGACAGAUGUAAAUAUAGUGAUUUAACUCAUGGUUGUAUUAAGUCUACGAUCACAGACAAUUGUAAUACGCUAGGCUUAAGUGCUUUAGGUUGUAAUGUCUUAGAUGAGUGUAAAUGGAGUGACUCUAAAUGUCAGUGUCUUGCUUAUCUUGAAUAGUUCCCUGUAUGUUCAACCAUUCUUGAAUAUAAUAAAUGCGAGAAUUUAGACUAUUGCUUUUUCGAAGUUUCAGAAUCCAAGACCAAUAAGGAUAUUACUUAGUAUUUGAAAAACACAAAUUAUGGUACUUGCAGAAAUAAAAAAUGUUCAGAUAUGAUUGCUAGCGAAUGUUAAGGAACUGUGAUUGGAGAUACUACUUGUUAUUUAAAUACUAAAUCACAGUGUUUACCUGCAAAUAACUGCAGUGAACUAAUUGCAACAUCUCUUGAUUGUUCUACUUAUAAAAUUAACAACUAAAGAUGCAAAAAUAAGACAUCAUUGACUGGUUGUGAGAAUCUUAAUUGCAAUUAUUUAGAUUAAGCCAAUUGUGAAUAAUUUAUCAAUGAGUGUGUUUUUGUUGGAUAUUGCAAAAUCAGAAGCUGUGAAUAUAUGGGAAAGACAUAAUGCUUAUAGAGUAACUGUGAUUGGGAUGAUUAAUAAGAAAAAUGUACAUUGCAAUUGGAUUGUUCGUAGAUCUCUACCAGUGACAAUUGCAUUCUUAAAAAAUAGCAAGGAAUUCAAUGUGCUUGGAUUGCAACUCUUAAUAAAGUUGAAGAAUGCACAUCUACUGGGUGCAGAUAUUUAGGUAUUUCUUAGGGAGAUUGCAUGGGUACACAUAUUGGAACAGACGUCUGUGUUUAAAUGAAUGAUUUCUCUUGUGUUUCAUGCGAAGAAAUCAAAGAUUCUUGUAUCUGUUUAAAUCAAUCCUUGUUCUGCUCUUAUGACAAUCUUAACAAAAAGUGUAGAUCAAAGAGUUGUCAACAUCACAACCAAGAUGACUGUCCAAGUACUCAUUGCAGGUUCAAUAAUUCAUCAAAGAUUUGCUAACCAUUAUGCCAAUACAACUAUAACCAGUUAUAAUGCAAUUAAGCUGAUGAAUGUGUUUGGGAUUCAAUCAAUAAAAUCUGCGCCUCCCAUUUAAGUAAUGUUGUUGCACCAUAAAUCAACUUACCAGCCCCAAAUAAUGCAAAUAUACUAAUGCCCAUCUUUCUAACAAUUGUAAUGAAUUUAUGA